ACAAUAACAAUAGUUUUAUUGUUGGUUGGUCAAGCUUGACGAAAGUUUAUUUUCUAUUUAAUAAACCUAAAUAAUGUAUUCAUGUUUAUAGUAUAAGGCCACAACGGCAAUAAACCAAGAGAUAAAAUGGCAUUGUACGAGGGAAUCGCACUCAUCCAGGAAAAGCAAGCAGUGGUGCUCGAUCUCGGUUCAGAGUAUACGAAGUUUGGUUUCACGGGCGAGGCAGCACCUCGCUGCAUCAUACGCUCACAGUUCUGGAGUCCCGAGCUGCGCCGGUUCAAAAGAGUAUAUGACUAUGCCAAUGAAGAUGAGCUGUAUGACAACCUGGUGCACAUGCUGCAUCUACUCUACUUCAGGCAUGUGUUGGUGAACCCUAAAGAGAGGCGUGUGGUUGUGGCCGAGUCACUGCUGACUCCCACAGCUUUCCGUGAAACACUUGCCAAGGUGCUCUUCACACACUAUGAGGUGUCUGGCGUCGCAUGGGCCGACAGUCCGCGCCUGUGCGCUUUAACCCUGGGUGCACCCAUCGUGCUCGUCGUCGAGAUAGGCGCGCGCGAGGCCGAGGUCUGUGCAGUGGUCCAUGGGUCAGUGGUGCUAAAAGCACUGCAGGCAGCCCCGUUGGGUGCUUUAGCGGUGCGGGCCGAGCUUGCGUGCAUCCUCGACGAGGAUAACAAAACAGAAUUGAACCUGGACCCCACUGUGCUCGAAGAUAUUGCAGUGAAAACCUGCCUAGUCACGACGCGCGAUCGAGCUGUACAGUGGGCCUCCGGUUCCCCACCAACCCCAGCCAAGAGCGUGCGCUACCCGCUCCCCGCCGGCGGCGCCAUCACCGUGUCCGGCCGCGCGCGCGAGCUCAGCGCCGAGCCGCUGUUCCUGCGCGACAACGAGUACAGCUCGCUGCCCGACCUCCUUCUGCAGUGCAUCAUGCAGUGCCCCAUCGACGUGCGGCGCGCCCUAGCGGACAACAUUCUGGUGUGCGGCGGCGGCGCCGCGCUGCCCGGCCUGCGCGCGCGGCUCAAGGCCGAGCUGCAGCACGCGCUCACCGAGCCCGUCUACAGCGAACGGCUUCACCUGACGUCACUGAAGUUCCACACCGCGCCCGCGCACUGGAACUGCGUGUCGUGGCUGGGCGGCGCGCUGCUGCUGGCGGGCGCCGGCGCCGGCGCGGGCGCGGGCGAGGCGGCGCGCGCGGCGCCGCGCGAGGCCUUCCUGCGCGAGCGCCGCCUGCGCGACUGGGUGUGUCUGCUCGACAACACGCCGCCGCACCAUCCCGCCAGGGAACAUCACCAGAUCUAACGUGCCGUGCGCUCACACUAAAAUCAUGUUGUAUCAAAUAACACAAUGUCUUGUCUGACUGUCUACUAACAAUAAAUGCAAUAAUCACAUUUGAAAACUCAUGCAAUUAUUUAUCUUGUUCUCUUUUAAUAAGUUCUUGAACGGAUUUUCUCAUGCAAGUUCUGCAUUUACGCGUACUGCGUGCGAUAGAGAUAAGAAAUGGCGGGUCAAUGUACGAAAUUAUUCGUGCUUAACCAGUCCUACCUAAUGCACAUGUUUAAUUUAUGUGUAUCUAUUUAUGGAAUAAAAGAAUACAUUGUUUAACACGUCAA